AAAAAGCACCAGUUUCUGAACAAAACUAAACUGUAGCUGAUUGUAUUGUUUACACAUACUUACCUUUUUACACCUCCUACUCAAAAACUACUGCAGGAAUUCAGAACAAGCAAGUUAACUUUUCUUCUAACAUUUUUUAAUCCUUUCGGUUUAACUCCACCCUGGAGGAGCUGGAGGAGGAGGAGGAGGAGGAGGGUCUCUCUCCGUGGUCUCCUCAAAUCCAGCCAUAAACCACAGAGAACAAACGCAGAACUUACAUUAUCUCCUCUUUUAAGGUUGAACUCCACCCUGUUGAGGAGCUGGAGGAGGAGGAGCUGGAGGAGGAGGAGGGUCUCUCCCCGUGGUCUCCUCAAAUCCAGCCAUAAAACCACAGAAAACAAAGGCAGAGCUUACAUUAUCUCUUCUUUUAAGGGCGUCGCUCCAACACACAGGCAGGACACAUCAGACUGCAUGACAGACUCUGUAGAGGGAAGCAGUGGACAAUCUGAAUGAAGUCUGGAAUGGACAUUUAACCACUGUGAUAAUGGCUCUUUCUUCAUAUCUGCUUCUGCUCCUGGUGGCUCUCAGUGUUUCAGCUGUUCACAAAGUAUUAGGUGGUUGUUUGCCUCAAGGGAAAAACCCCUCAAUGGAAUUUCCAUUAACCUUUGGACGCUGUGGUAAAGAGAGACACUCCUUAUACCACACCUACAGCAAUCACUCCAACAACUGGAUCAUGAAGUCCACUGUCCAGUUUGAUGGUGUGGAGAUCUACUGUUUCGUCCAAAAAAGAACUGGUUCCUGGACGUACUCUCACUGGGGAAUAACAAUGAAGGAUGUGGAUUACACAUUUCGUAAUUAUUCUAAAGAGCUCUACCACCAUCUAAAAGAUACUGACAGUGACCUUACACAGAGAUACGGCUGUGAGGUUGAGAGAUCCUCUAGUGGAGCUGUGACCUUACUGAGCACUACAGCUGAAUUCAGACUCAAUGGAAAGAUCAUCCUCCGCUUUAAUGUUGACAGAGAUGAGUGGGAAGUGCUGGACAAAAGGUUCCUAGCAGUUAAAACAGAGUGGAACAGUUUAACCCACUCCAAUCAAAUCAUCAAGGACUAUCUGCAGCAAGGCUGUACAGACAGACUGCAGUCUUACCUGAAAUUUUAUGAUGAGGACAUUAGAAAAAGGACUUCUAGUGUGGUUCCUAGUGAUAAACCAGAAGAUUGUGAUGAGGGCAGUACAAACAGCACACAGAAGGGGAAGAAAGAAAAUGAAGGAAAAGAGGGAAUUGUGUUAUUCUCAGUUCUCUCAUGCAUAGUAAUUGCCGGUGUUGCUGUUGCGAUGGCUUUUGCACUUCUUAUGAAAAAAAUAGCAAAAGGAAAAGUUGUGAUACCUCCAGUUAAAGAUGCCCACAGAGGAUAUUCAGAUGCUGGAACAAUCAGUGAUCCAUUUGUAGACAGAUGGUGUUUCAUGAGAGGAGAUGUUGAUGAUCUUCUCCCUCUUUCAGUGAUGAUGAAUGAUGACCAGGAUGGAGGAGAUGCAGUUCAGACUCAGAAAAGUUUUUCUUCUUCAAGAGAGUUUCUACCUCCGUAUAUGGAAAGAUUCACUGCUUCAAUGGAUAAACUACCUCCAGCUCUGGAAAGAUUCACUGCUUCAAUGGAUUUACCACGUCCAGAUCUGGAAAGAUUCACUGCUUCAAUGGAUUUACCACGUCCAAAUCUGGAAGGUUCCACUGCUUCAGUAGACUUUUCUACAGAUCUGGCUGAGGAUGAUGAUGAUGAUGAUGAUGGUCAGAAGCUCACUCAAGUCAGACUGACUCGGACUGCAAGACUGACCACAGCUGGUGGGCAGCUCCGCUCUACAUCCAUCUCUCUCCCUGAGUUUGGAAGCUGGAAUUCGAGGGCUAUCUGGGUGUGAUCUGGCCUUAUGACUGCUAUGACUCUCAGUGAGAUGACUCAGCUGAGGAGGUUGUUACUGCUGAAUAUCAACACCAGCACUCAGAGAAGAUCCUCACAGUCUGUAUCUUAAAGCGACUGUUCAACAAAACAUCUAGUUUACCCCAUUACUCCAAAUGUAGUUGAUCAGAUUAUGCUCGGUGUCUGACAUUUGAUUCUUCAUUAUUAUUAUUAUUUCACCUUAAUUUAACCAAGGUAGAAACACUGGCGUUAGAAAUCUCUUUUAAAACUGAGCCCUGACCAAGAGGGUCACACACAACAACCAAGAGGACAAUCAACAGAGAAACAACAGCACAACCAACAACAGAUAAGCUUAACUUAAUCAAAAAUCAGUGUGAUUAUUAUAAAAGUUGCGAUGCUGUGCAAAAUGUAAAUAAAAACAAAAUGCAAUGAUGUGCAAAUAAUUUUAAUUCUAUAUUUCAUUGAAAACACUACAAACACAUCAAAUGUUGAAACCAAGAAAUCUUAUAGUUUUUUAAAAAUAUUUCCCCAUUUCGAACUUGAUGCCAAUAACAUGUUCCAAAAAAGUUGGGAUAGGGGAUAACAAAAGGCUGGUAAAACACCUGGUGGUUAAUUGGCAACAACUCAGUAACAUGAUUGGAUUUAA